AUGAAUUCCAGCAGAGAAAAGGCAGCGAGCGCGCUAUUCAUCGCAGCAGCAAAUGGGCACCUAGACGUCCUCAAGGAGCUGAUAUCUUGUCACCACAAUAUGAACAAGCCGAAUUGGCAAGGCACCACCCCUCUGAUGCAAGCGUGCCAGGAUGGGCACAUGGAAGUCGCGACGUUUCUUAUCAACGAAGGCGAAGACGUUUCAGCAAGUAACAGCACAGGUUACACGGCGCUGUACAUGGCAGCCGAAAUCGGCAGUCUUGAGCUGGUUCAGCUACUGCGGGAGCAUGAUGCCAUUGUUGAUGAGCGAGGUCCAGGUAAGUAUCUCAUAUAA